GUCACUUCUCUGUUUCAGGCGAUAUAAAGUAUAACUAAUAAAUUUAUUGUAAUCAAAUAAAAUGAUCCGCUUUUUGGCCGGGGUCGAGAAAGAGGCAUCGAAAGAUUAUCGGCAGGAACCAUUAAGCUUAAGAGAAGAAUUACGCUACAGCAGAUUUGGUCUAGAUCAUGAUUCUCCUGAGGAUUUUUUGCGAUCGCAAUGGCAAUCAAAGGCAAAAUCUAUUGUUUUUCUUGGCUACCGCUGGAUACUUGGCACCUUUUUUGGUGUCGGCGUGGUCAGCUACACGAUAUUGUACUACCGUCGAGGCAACGUUUUCAUUUUCCUAACCAACUGGGGUUUUUUUUUGUGCGGCAUAGUCAGCAUUAGUGGUGCCAUACUUGUAACAGUUUACCACAUCAAACCGGAAUCGUGGGUUCCUCCCAGCUGUUUGAUCAAGAUUUAUUGGGCCUUAUACUCCAUCAAUUUUGCAGUGGCCUAUGUGAUCGCCACUAUUUAUUGGAUGGCAAUUUAUCCAUCCGAUCGGAGGCUAGACAACCCAACUCGGGUCUCCGAUCUUUACAAUAUCUGGACACAUCUGCUGCCCGUAAUCUUCUUCACUGGGGAUCAAUUAGUCGUGGCACAACCAACCCGCCUGUUGCACUUUAUCUACCCUUUGAUUUUCGCCAAUAUUUACGGAUUGUUCACCUUCAUAUUCUAUAAGCUGGGCGGCCGCAACUUAAAUGGCAAGCACUACAUAUAUCAUUUCCUGGACUUUAAAAAACAAAAAGAAGCUGUGUGUACCGUGGCUGGAGUGAGUGUAGCCGUAGUGUUUUUUUCAAUCGUGCAAUAUGGAGUCUACCGACUAAGGACAUUCAUAGCUCGCAAGCUGGGAGAACUACAAUGAUGGCUGCUGUUCUUCUAACAACAUUAAAAUGAUGCGUGCCAAAACUUUAACUAAAAGGAUAAGCUCAAAGAGAAUGGAACGACCUAAAAGCACCCUUUUUUUAAAAUGACUAAAUGUUUAAAGUCCUGCGAGGCUAAUUUUUCUAUUAAAAAUGUAUUUUGUCUAAA